ACCACAAAUCAACAAUAAUCAUUUGCAUACUCUUCCAUCUUUUUCACAACAUGAGCACACAAAAUCAAAAACCAAGCAAAUCUCUACUACACCGCCUAAGAGCCGCGGUGCAAAAAGUAAAGCUUCUCAUAAGCUCAACCAUUCUGAACCAAACAUGGAACGCUGCAAAACUCCUACGAGGUGCUUCUUCUUUGACCAAAACCCAGCUCAGUUUCAACGAUCGUCCUGGCUUGAUCAUGUGUUCUUCCGAUGAAACUGAUUCAGAAGACGCUGCUUCUCCGUCGCCGCCGCGGUGCCUUCAGAGAACCAUAAGUUUUCCUUCCGAUGAUGACAUUGAUAAGAGAUCGGAGAUUUUCAUAGCUAAUUUCAGACGACAGCUUCUGUUGGAAAGACAAAUUUCGUUGCAGCUACGUUAUCGGUCGCAGGGAACAACAUAGUUAUAUAGUUUUCUGUUUUUUUCUUCUUCUUUCAAUUCUCGAGUUUGGUAUCGAUCACAAAAUGGAGAACUUUGUGUAUUUUUUGGGGGAAAGGAUCUCCAAUUAGAGAACAUGUAUAAACAGUUUCUUGAUUUUUUUGAUUUGACUAGAACGUUUUUGUUAGUUGUUCUUUCAUUCUCUACCAUUUGUUUUUUCUUUUGUCAAUUGUUAUGUACUGCAAGAUACAUUGAAUUAUUGAAUUGUAUUUUGUUCUUA